UCCACAAAGUAGAUGAAGAAUUGCGUACACAUGCAAUCGUCUAUAUAUAUCCUCAUUUCGUUUCUGGGUUUGAAUCUGUCUUAAGCUCUUUUUUCAAAUUUUCCCAGUUUCUUCUCAGCUUUGUAGCUUUCUGCUGAAGUUCUUCCCUCUCUUCUGUUGAGAAAUCGUGUCGGUUUUGAUGGCGGUAAAGAAGAAUGAAUCUAUUGACGUUAAUCUACCUCCUGAAUUGAUGGAGUUACUGUUUUCUUUAGCUUCAAAAUGGGGGGAUGAAUUAGAUCUAGAUGCCAUGAAUGGUAAGCAUUUGAGUGGUGCCAUGACUAAUGCGGUUUAUCAGAUUAGUUGGCCAGCAAAGGAGGAAAAGGUAACCCGGAGAGUUCUAGUUCGGGUUUAUGGUGAAGGAGUUGAACAUUUCUUUGACAGGGAUGAUGAAAUCCGGACCUUUGAGUUUUUGUCAAAGAAUGGCCAUGGACCCAAGCUUCUUGACAAGGUCGCAGAAGGGCGUAUCGAAGAGUUCAUUGAAGCCAGGACACUAUCAGCUGAUGAUCUACGCGAUAGAGAAGUCUCUGCUCUAAUCGCGAAAAAAUUGAGGGAGUUUCAUAGUAUUGACAUGCCUGGUACAAAGGAAACUGUUCUUUGGGGCAGACUGAGGAAUUGGCUAGAGAAGGCGAAGAGUUUGUGCUCCACUGAACACAUAGAAGAGUUACGUUUAGGUGAUUUUGAUGAGGAAAUCAGUUUAUUAGAAAAGGAGCUGACGAGUGAGACACAAGAGAUCGGUUUCUGUCACAAUGACCUGCAGUAUGGGAACAUUAUGAUUGAGGAUAAGGCUAUCACUUUUAUUGAUUAUGAGUAUGCCUGUUACAACCCAAUUGCAUAUGACUUUGCUAAUCACUUCUGCGAAAUGGCAGCAAAUUAUCACACCGAUACUCCUCAUGUCUUGGACUACAGUAGGUACCCUGGUUCAGACGAACGCCGUACAUUCAUAAGUUCCUAUCUGAGUUCUGCAGGCAACCAUCCCAGUGAUGAGGAGGUAGAGAAGCUAGCUGAUAUCGCAGAAAAGUAUACUCUUGCAAACCACUUGUUUUGGGGAUUAUGGGGAGUCAUCUCGGCACAGGUGAACACUAUUGACUUCAACUACGUGGAAUAUUCAAGGCAAAGGUUUGAACAAUACUGGUUGACAAAGCCCGAGCUCUUGGGAAACUCAGGCCAGAGUCAUCUUUGAACCAAUUAGUCAGCAAAAGGGAUAACAUUACGUUUCAUCUCACUUUCUUGAGGUCACACUACAAGUUACCAGUAGAGAGAUUCUAUAGAGAAGUAUAAUUGGUUGUUCAGUUGUAUAAUACAAGCAAAUGAACAGUUGAAUGAGAAGCAUUAGUGGUUGUUCAGUUGUAUAAUACAAGCAAAUAAACAGUUGAAUGAAAAUCUUUGGUACCUGUAUCUUUUGGUUUAUACUCAAUGAAUGCUGAAAAUUCAUUUGGUUUAA